CUCAGCAGCAGCGGCCAGCAGGGAUUUACACACGGGGAAGCGGCUGCAGAGCAGGGACAGCAGCAGCCGGGAUUCUAGCACUACAGCAGCCGGGAGAGGCUCUGGCAAUGUGGGGGGAGCUGCCUGCCAGGCACUGAGGAGGGUGACAUGUCCCCAUGCAGAGUUGAAGGAAUGACCGCUGCUCAUAGAACCACAGUCUGUAGCUCUUUGUAAAUAGCCAACGUCUGUACGGAACAAGACACAAUGACAACAGCUGGACUUGCAGCUCAAGACGUUUCAUUGACAAAUGGCUUUAUGCACACUGCACAGGAUUUAAUGUGCUCCAAAUCGUGUUGGGCGAAUGAUGCUGAAUAUGACAAUACAUUCUAUGGUGUGGAGCAUUUGUCUUUACCCUACAGUAUGAAGUCCCCAACGCAGCAGAUACCCUCUAUUGGCCAAAUAUCAAGACCAUACAUGAUGAAUGGACACUGCUGCUCUGAAAAUUGUAUGAAGGUACCUUUAAAGAAAUCCAACUUCCUCCAUCUUGGAAUGCCUAUUGUAGAACACUCUACUAACUGUGAAGAUGACCAAGUUGUUCCUAACUUUAAGAAACUGUCAAUGAAAUCUGGGGCUGAAAAGACCCCUCCUCUGACACCCGUUAAGUUUGGACCACCUCAGUUUUAUGCUAUUCCUUCUAGUGACCGGAGCUCAAGGCCUCUUCCUCCUCUUCCAAUUUCAGAAGAUCAUUUUCUAGAUGAUGCAGAUAGUGAGGUUGAAUUUCUUACAAGUUCUGAAACAGACUUGCUUAUACAAGAUGGUAGGCCUUUGGCAUUUAAAUAUGGUGUUCCUAGCAGGCGAAGCUUCAGGGGAUGUGGGCAGAUUAAUUAUGCCUAUUUUGAUUCAACACCUGCAAACAAACCAGCAAAUAUAAGCCCAACAUCUAACCAGAAUGAACGUGUAGAAUGUACAAUGCCUCAGAAACCAGAACUAAAUCACCGGAGGCUACGGAGGUCUCAUUCAGGACCAGCUGGAUCAUACAAUAAACCUUCAAUUCGGUUACAUACAAAUAGGACUUCUCCUAAUUCUGAUGAAGACAAACCUGAAGUUCCACCAAGGAUUCCAAUUCCCCCUAGACCAUUAAAGCCUGAUUACAGAAGGUGGUCAGCAGAAGUUUCCUCAAACACAUACAGUGAUGAGGACCGUCCUCCUAAGGUCCCACCAAGAGAACCUCUUUCCAGGAGUAACUCGCGUACGCCAAGCCCGAAGAGUCUGCCUUCGUACAUCAAUGGGGUAAUGCCCCCAACACAGAGUUUUGCACCUGACCCAAAAUACGUCAGUAGUAAAGCUCUUCAAAGACAAAACAGUGAAGGGUCUGCCAAUAAGAUCCCUUGUAUUUUGCCAAUUAUGGAAAAUGGAAAAAAAGCCAGUUCAACGCAUUAUUAUCUCUUACCGGAGAAGCCCCCAUACCUUCACCGCUAUGAAAAGUAUUUGAUGGAAUCUAAAGACACUUGCCCUGACUCCAAAGUACCAUCAUGGUCUAGUGACAGUAGCAUAUCUUUAACUUCUCCAAGGCCAGAUGCCAAACGUAAACAAUUAACUGAUGUGGUUUCUCUGUAAUGUAUUGGAUGAAUAGGUCAUUAGUAUACUACAGGAUGUUACUCUGAACUGUGUGCGUAGUUGGCUGGUUGUGAGGCGAAGCAUGGAAAUCCUGGACCAAUUCUUUAAACAAAACUGGGAAUAUUUUCUCAAUUUUAAGUGAUCCUUUUCAGUUUCUAUGAAGCGAAACUAAAGAAAUAUGGAGGCUAUGAAUGGUCUCCUUAUUGCAGUAAUGUGAGGUAUUCAGUCAUACUUGUACCAAUGUGAGGGUAAGGUAAGGAACCGUAGUCUAAGCUGAACAAACAUUUACUGUUAGUCACAGUAACAAUAGGCUAUGUGCAGUUACAAUGAAACGAGUACUCAGUGACUUUAAUACUGCUAAUAUUUUGGAAGAGUGAGCGGUUUCCGGAAGAAUAGUGCAGUAUUUGGGUAUCCUCCCCUUAUAUUUUUAACAACUUCCCUCAAGUUUGACCUUCAUUGUACUUGUAUUUGACUGAAUACCUGGACUUUAACUUAGAUCACGCUCAAUAUGCUGCUAGCUGUGUGUUCUGUUAGAUUAGAACCCACUGUAUCUACUUCUAGGUAACAAAAAAAGCACAAGUAAAAUGGGGUUUCUAAGCUGUUCUGAACAGACUUAACAUUUUCAUCUGUUUUAAAGUGUGCCCAUCUCCUAUGCACCGUGGUGGCGGCCAUUUUGUAGGAUGCACCAAUGUUCAUAUUGAACACUGCCUAUCUGCUACCAGUGAUUGUACUGAGGCAGCAAAAUACCUUGAGCCUCAGUGAUGUCACUAGUACUUGUUGCAGCCCAAAAUGGCAGCCACCGCAUAAUGGGUAGGUGAUGGGGCAAAUUACUCUUGCUCACAUAUUUUAUAGUGUUUGUCAACCUCGGCUUAAUGUUUUAUGGUCCAAAGAGAAGGAAAUGAAGAAAACUCAGUGUUCUUUUUCUAAAGCUGUCGUAAAGUGUUUAUAGGUUGCCAGUAAAUCCUCUGUUCAUUCUGUUUUUUCCUCUGUUUCUAGCAUCUUAUUAAUAGAGCGGAAAUACAAGCUGGUCUUGUAUUACUGUUAUCUCUUCAGUGUAUUUUUUUUUUUUUCACGCCUCUUAAUACAUCUGAUAAAUCUCAUUUUGGGUAACACAAUUGCAUUAUAGGAAGUUGUACACAAGUGACUGCUUGUUAAGGUCAAUAAUUGCGUUAGUGUGUGUGCAUGUAUUAUCUUUGUGUGUGUGUGUGUAUAUAUAAAGAGAUGAGCAAAAUUUCAUGUGACGCAAGUUUUGUGCUGGAACAGGCUGUCACAGACCUGCAGAGUUCCACCAAUAUAAUCUCCAGGUUUAGCCUUAACAUGGAGCGCCAUGCCGCACUGUAACUUAAACGUUUUGCUGAAUUUGUAGUCUCGUAGAGCUGAGGACACCUCUAUGGUCCAUAUAGUCUUCUGUGUGGUAAACACUUAUGGCCAAGUUCUGCUGGCAAAAUUUCACGGCCAAAGUUGGAAGGAGGCGAAUAAUCCGUGGAAAAGGAUGUUUUUGUAACAUUUAGCUCAUCUCUUUUUAUAUGUAACAUAGGUUUUCUAAGGAACUCUUCAUUUUUAUUUUUUAUCUUUUUAGAACAGGGGGUUAAAAAUUAUGUGGUCUCUUAACUGAAAACUUGGGACAGAGCAGUAAUUUCUUAUAUUUUAACAUAUCAAUAUUGUGCAAAUACAUUGGUUUGUCGAGUUCAUUCAGCAAUUGCCCAGCAGCAUUCCUCUUAAUCACAUCUUAUUGGGACAGAAUUGAUGUGUGUGUGGCAUUCACAUGGUAGAAUGUACUAAUCUAGUACAAGUACUAAAAAAAAUGGUCUCCUUUCAAGACUUCCAAACUGCGGCCCACGGGACGUAUGUGGCUUUGAAAGGAGCCCUUACCUCAUAUAUAUUUUUGUUUUAGUAUAUAAGGACUCUUCGUGUUUAAAAUGUGCCUUACGGAUACCUGAAGGACAUGCCUUCUUUAUUCAGACUGCUAGGGGCGUGUUUCCAAUUGAAAAAAGGGCUGUACUGAGAAUAAUAUACAUUAGUCCCUCUCCCUUAUAUGUGAAAAUCUGAGGCAAACAGAAUGCAGUAAAGCUGAAUUGAACAUCUGCUUCCAGAUAAAAACCGCUAUUGCUCUCUACAGCCAUUCUAGUUGAACAGAAAGUGUUAACAUUUACAGGCCAACUUGCUUUAUGCCCACCUGUUGCAAGCUGAUGUGUCCCGUUGCAUUAUACAUUAGUUAAAACAAUAUAAUAAAACCCAUUUAGUGUUACAAGUAAAUAAGUUUGGGUCAAAAGUGUGGAUUAAGUCUAUAGAGUACACAAGUGUGGACGCUGGUGGUAGCCAUUUUGCCGUCUGAACUAGGCAUGACUGACAGUGUCACGGGUUCUGAGGGAACUAAGCUGUACUCUAAGCCGGUUGUUCCUAAACUACUUUUUUUGAAUCUUUGCGCCCUCAAGUAUCAGAAUUUUUUAUUUUAUUUUUUCACGGCACCCCUUGGCCAAAGGUUUCUUUAUUGAUAAAUUCUGAAAGAGAUAUUAAGUAAAUUGUGUUUGCCAUCCUUAGGUUCAGAUAUGUCGUGAGGGACAGGAUUCGCUUCAGUUUGUCCAACCACCAGCACUGGGUUUUGCCUAUUACAUUGACCAAAAAUCAUUUGAAUUUGUCCUGGACCACCAAUCCAAAGCACCCCUGCAAGUGUCCUGACUCCUGAGGCACCCAGUUUUAGAACCAUUGCUCUAACGAAUGGUCACCUGUGCCACAAAAUGUCUGCCCCAUUGUGACUAGUCGGCUAGUGCUCUUUAAAUUAGUUCAAGGGUAGGCAACCAGUGAUGGCAGACAAAAUUUAUAUCUUAUAAUAUAAAAAUAUAAUAUUAACGAGCAAUGCAUUAUCUAUCCUUCAGCUAGCAGGAAACAAGAGGCUAAACUGUUUGCUACCAACGCCAUUUUGUGUUUGUCUAUAUUCUACAGCUGCUUUUUCAUUUGUUUGGAUUUACUGGGAAGAAAAUGAGAUGCUGUAGCAGUUUUGGUGUGCUCUACAGCUGUUAUUGGACUACAACUCUCAUCCACUCAGGGGUGGUAGAAGUUCCAGUCUUUAAGCUAAUGAGCAAUUUAACUCAUACUUGCUAGAGGGUGAUUACAAAGUGGUGGAAGGGGGGGCGCAGCGUCCUCGUAUCCUCACUGAACAAUGUUGUGAUUUGCGGCAGCAGGGGGGGGGGAUGGGGCCAGGAUACAGAUUGCGUCGUUAGGCCCUUGGACCUCCCUAUUUACUGGUGGAGGCGGUGAGAUCCUAGUCUACUCUCCCGGAAGAGCUCCUGUAACUUGGAGUCUCCCGCACAUUCCGGGAGUGUAGGCUAUUAUGAUUGCACGGUCCCAGCUGUAGAAUGUCAUACUGGGGAAAGGGGUUGCUGCUGGUAAUGGAUACGACACUCUGUCUCUUCAUAAUCCAGUGAUAAACAUGCCGUUUACAGUCUGAAACUGAUGUAUAUAAUUAUUUAAGUUACUUUUUUUUUUUUUUUUUUUAAAUACAGACUAAAUGAAGGUAUAAAUAUUAGCGUUAAAUGCACUGAUAUCCCUGCAUAUGUACAGUAUUGGACAAGGAAUGAUUCUAUUCAUUUUGUUUUUUGGAUAAUACGUUGUGUUAUCAUGUCUUUUGAAAUUAAUAAAACUAUAAAAUACUUAUUUA